AAAUUUCUUUCCUAUUUCGAAUUAUUAGUUAAUAAAUGAGAAAAAACUUAAAGGAAACAAUGGAUCUGGGAUAAUUUUCCUUUGGUAUUUGUAUCAUAUGGUAUAUCAUCACUUAUGCUUUAAUAUUGGAAGAUGCUCCCGAAGUGACAAUGUCGCACUAUCAACAUUUCGGACUGUGGUUUUAAUAUUGGGAAAUCUGAUCGUCACACAAUAUGGUAUGUGCCUAGUAUUAUGAAUUCCAUCGGACCGGUUUUGGUGUUAAAGAAUGCACAAAAGCUAUGUGACAUCAAUUUGCGUAACCAUUCAAAGAGCGAAUAAGAGGAGAAGCGACCAAUAUCGAAUAGUAAACAAACAGAAAUUGUCAUUAAUAUUGCUCAAACAACGGCUCACCUGUGUGAGCUUUCCACUAAGCUAACAACAACGACGACGACUUGAGUUUCACUUCUGAACGAGUAAAGCUUGAGGACAGACGUUGUUUCGUACCGUACGUGUGGUGAUUAAUUUUGUAGUGCAAUUGUUUGAUAUAAUUAAAAAAUUAGGAAAACAACAUAAAUUAUAAAUACAGUACAAAAUGUGGAAGCACGUUGUAACAGAAACAGGCAGGCACUGGACCACAAUAGGUAAAUUACAGAUGAGUCUGAAGCCCCUUGCACCUGCAGCAACUUUCACUUUUGCACAACAACCAACUGUUCGCAUGCUGACGUCAACGUCAGCAGCAAAGCCAACACCUCCGAAGCACGACUGGAAUCGUGCUGUCAGCGAGGCAGAACGUAUUGUUGGCUAUCCCACUUCAUUCCUCAGUCUACGGUGGCUACUUAGCGAUGAGAUUGCCAAUGUCGCCUUGCACCUUCGGAAACUAGUCGGAAGCAAUCAUCCUUUACUCAAAACGGCCAAGCAUUUGCUUUAUAAUGGCAAAAAUACAAUGCAAGCCUGGGGCUUGAUUGUGCUACUGAUUUCGAAAGCUGCGGGUCAUGCUCCAUCUGUGCCGGACAUGGAACAAGAUAAAAGCGCCGGCGUGUUACACUCCCAACGAGCUUUAGCAGAAGUUACCGAAAUGAUUAGAAUAUCCCAUUUGGUGCACAAUAGUUUGGUAAAUCUACAACCAACAUCCGAGGCUGGCAAGGAUGCAGCAACUCAUGAGGAUAUGGCUUUUGGAAACAAAAUUGGUUUAUUGACCGGUGAUUACUUACUCGGCCACUCCAGUGCUGAAUUAGCCAAUUUACGAAAUCAAGAAGUAGUCGAAUUAAUUUCCUCAGCUGUUCGCGAUUUUUCCGAAUCGCAAUUUGUUGGCGAGCGUGAUGAACAAAAUAAUCCACUGCCAACAAAACCUGGAUCUGAACCUCCGAAGACAAAUGGUACAGCUACAACGGAAAGCAUCGAUUUUGACGUCAACGAUGUGAUGAUACCAAUGAAUAUCUCGCAAGUUAUGGGCAACCCUGAAAAAGAAUGGGAAUGUCGCAAUAUAUUAAACGCAGGCAGUUUGCUCGGGAAAGCUUGCCAGGGCGCUUUAAAAUUGGCUGGGCAAGACGAGGAAAUGCAACGGCAAGCGUAUCUUUUUGGUAAACAUUUAUCGUUGGCAUGGCAGGCUUGCUUGGAUGCUGAGCCAUUUCAAAGCUCUACACUUCCUUUAGAUACCACAUUCAGUUUGGUAAGUGCGCCGGUACUCUACCAUCUGGAAUACGAUUCUUCAUUGUACAAAGAGAUAGAAAAGGGUAAAGUCUCUGUUGACAAUAUUGACUACACAAAGGUUCACAAAAUAAUACUUGGUGGACCAGGUUUGGAAAAGACCAAAGAAUUGCAACGUAAACAUACUACAGCGGCUAUAGGCGUGCUUGAAAAGUUUCCACCUACUGAUGCACGUACAGCACUUGAAAAUAUUAUUCUUGCAAUGCAGGAUUUAUAAUUAGAAUUAAAACUUUUUAAACUCAAACAAUUUAUGAAGGAUUUUGUUUUAGCGUUUUUAUGCAUAAUUUUUUAUUUAAUUUUAAUUGUAUGGUUUUAUGUUUCAUAAUGACUAUUUUAAGUUAAUAAAUAUUUAAUUUUAUAAAUAUA